AUGUCGGAAUUAGUUGUUGCGGGCCCGCCUGCCCCACCACCGAUGACGUUUCGCGAUCGGUUGUCGCAGUUUAAGAUUCUUGAGGAGAAGAGAUGUGAGCUUAUCGAGGAACUCCUAGACAAGCUCGAGAAGACAGAAGCACGCCUCGCACAAUGUGAACUCGACCUUGGCUCUGAACAAAAUGUCAGGAGGACAUUGCAAGCGGAAAUAGCAGAUGUCACGCGGACGAUGCAAGGUCAGCUGGCAGAGUCCAAAGCAAAAGAGGAGGCUCUAGUGCAGUCACAGGCCAAACGACCCUUCGUGCUGGUGCUCAUAGACGCCGAUGCAGAGGGGUUUCUGUUCCAAGACAAGUAUAUAACACGCAAAGCCCAAGGUGGUGAGGCAUUAGCAGACGAACUCAACAUACGGAUACGGGAAUAUCUGCGGGAACAGUUUGAAGAUGCCGACUCACUGGAUAUCAUUGUGCGCGUGUAUGCCAAUUUAGAAGGCAUGGCGAACUAUCUCGUACGACUAGACAAGGUGCGAAACUUGGGUCAGCUGCGGGCUUUCUCUACUGGCUUCUGUGGAAGGAUAACCAGCUUCGACUGGAUCGACACUGGAGUGGGCAAGGAAGGUGGAGCGGGACGAAAAGUACGAGAAAACCUGUCAUUCUUCGCGUCCAACACGCAUCUACGGCACACGAUAGUCGCAUGCUCACCCGUCGACCUACCCGCUUCUCUUCUCACGACCAUACCACUCGAGAAGCUAACCCUCAUCGAAUCCCUACCGCUACCUACGUCGAUCACUACACUACCCAUCAAGACCGCCAAGUUUCACACCCUCUUCCCUCCUCCACCCCCCUCCAAGAACCCGAAAUCCAGCCGAGAACGCGGCCGCAACGACCGAGGACUGAGCGAGACUGAUGUGAGACGAGGCGAUAGGGAGAUGCGAAGAGGGGACGAAAGAGGCGGAGGCCCACAACUUCAGCUUAUGGAACAAGAGCACGAAGGUGGAGGCUCAACUUGGCUGGUUAUACAACCCGAGAGAAGCAAGAGUCAGGCUGUGAGUGGCAGAGACCGGGAUAGGAGGAGGGCAGGAAGCGAAGAUGAUACCAGCAGUUUGAGUAUCAGUAUCGGGCCAGACAACACUUUCGCAUGCCAGAAGUGGGAUGGUUUAGGGGGAAAAGCCUGUCGCAUCGCGUACCCUUUGUUGAGUUUGAUAGCAUGGCAUAGCAUAGCGUAG